CCAGAGCCCAGGCAGGCAGUGGAGGCAACAGCAGAGGCAGCCACGCCAGGAGCGAGAGCAGGGCUGGGGACAGGCCGGACUGGGACUGUCCCCGCGUGACCAGACCCUUGGCCCCCCAUGCCCCGCCGCCCUCAAGAUGCCGACCUGUCCGCCCUGGCGGCUGCUUCUGCUGCUCUUGCUGUGGGGGCUGCUGCUCGGGAGGGCGGAGACGGGCCCUGAGGGGCAGACGGCGGGGGAGCUGUACCGGCGCUGGGAACGGUACCGCAGGGAAUGCCAGGAGACACUGGAGGCCGCGGAGCCCCCAGCAGGCCUCGCCUGCAACCGGUCCUUCGACAUGUAUGUCUGCUGGGACUACGCUGCACCCAACGCCACUGCCCGUGCAUCCUGCCCCUGGUACCUGCCCUGGCACCGCCAUGUGGCCACAGGUUUUGUCCUCCGCCAAUGUGGCAGUGAUGGCCAAUGGGAACCUUGGAGAGACCAUUCUCAGUGUGAGAACCCAGAGAAGAACGGAGCCUUUCAGGAGCAAAGGCUGACCUUGGAGCGGCUGCAGGUCGUGUACACCGUCGGUUACUCCGUGUCCCUUGCCACACUGCUGCUCGCCCUGCUCAUCUUGAGUUUUUUCAGGCGUCUGCACUGCACACGGAACCACAUCCACAUCAACCUGUUCACAUCGUUCAUGCUGCGGGCAGCGGCGAUCCUUACGCGAGACCGCCUGCUACCUCCUCCCGGCCCUUACCCCGGGGACCAGCCCCCUGCCCUGUGGAACCAGGCGCUAGCUGCCUGCCGCACCGCCCAGAUCGUGACCCAGUACUGCGUGGGUGCCAACUACACGUGGCUGCUGGUGGAGGGCAUCUACCUGCACAGCCUCCUGGUGCUUGUGGGACGCUCCGAGGAGGGCCACUUCCACUGUUACCUGCUCCUCGGCUGGGGGGCCCCCGCGCUUUUCGUCAUUCCCUGGGUGAUCGUCAGGUACCUGUACGAGAACACGCAGUGCUGGGAACGGAACGACGUCAAGGCCAUUUGGUGGAUCAUACGCACCCCUAUCCUCAUGACCAUCUUGAUUAACUUCCUCAUCUUCAUCCGCAUUCUUGGCAUCCUGGUGUCCAAGCUGAGGACGCGGCAGAUGCGCUGCCCCGACUACCGGCUGAGGCUGGCUCGCUCCACGCUGACGCUCGUGCCCUUGCUGGGCGUGCACGAGGUGGUGUUUGCUCCCCUGACGGAGGAACAGGCCCGUGGCGCCCUGCGCUUCGCCAAGCUCGGCUUUGAGAUCUUCCUCAGCUCCUUCCAGGGCUUCCUGGUCAGCAUCCUCUACUGCUUCAUCAACAAGGAGGUGCAGUCGGAGAUCCGCCGUGGCUGGCACCGCUGCCGCCUGCGCCGCAGCCUGGACGAGGAGCCGCGCCAGCCCCCGGAGCGCGCCUUCCGGACCCUGCCCGAGGGCCCCGGCCCCGGCCGGGUCGCCAGCGGCCGCGCUCUGUCCUCGGGGACCCUCCCGGGGCCUGGGGAUGAGGCCAGCCCGGUCUUGGAAAGUUACUGCUAGGGAGCAGUGUUCAGUUAGCACAUAUUCAUUGAGCGCCUACUGUGUACCGGGCCUGGUGUGGAGGGCGCUGGGGAAAUGGGGUGGGGGGAGGAAACAAAAGACAAGGUUCCUGUUCUCCUAGAGAUCAUAGCUGAGUAAAGGAAUCAGACCGUGAAAACAAAACGUUAAGUUAUGUAUACAUGCUGUGGAAUGGCUUAGGAAGAAAAAUUACAAGCAGGCCUAGGGCGGUCCGGGAGGGCAUCUCCGAGGAGGUGUCAUUUAAGCCAUGCCUGGAAGAGGUGAAGGAGACAGCUUUGGGAAGAAUCAGUGGACAAGAUUCUAGGCAGAAGGACCUAGCAUCUGCAAAGGCCCUGGGGCAGCUUGGCCAUGUCUGAGGAACAGAGAGGUGGUCUGCGUGGCUGGAGUGGGAUAAGUCAGAGCCAACAGAUGGAGAGGGAGAAGUGGGCAGGGGCACAAGAGUUGGGAUUUUAUUCCAGGUGUGUUGUAGAUUCUUAGCGGGAGCAUCUUCUGGGCUAAUUUUUUUUUUUUUAAAGAUUGGCACCUGAGCUAACAACUGUUGCCAAUCUUCUUUUUUUUUUUUUUCCUGCUUUUUCUCCCCCAAAU